AUGGCUGCCCUCAUCGCUGAGAACUUCCGCUUCCUCUCCUUGUUCUUCAAGAGCAAAGACGUGAUGAUUUUCAAUGGUUUGGUGGCACUGGGCACAGUGGGGAGUGAGGAGCUCUUCUCAGUCGUUGCAUUCAACUGCCCCUGCUCCCCUGCCCGCAACUACAUCUAUGGGCUGGCUGCCAUCGGUGUCCCGGCCCUGGCCCUCUUCCUCAUUGGUGUCAUCUGGAACAACCACACUUGGAACCUGGUGGCCGAGUGCCACAAGCGUGGCACCAAGAACUUUUCUGCUGCUGCCACCUUCCUCCUCUUCGGCUCCAUCAUGGGCCGAGCAUCCGUGGCACCCAUCACUUGGUCGGUCAUCUCGCUGCUGCGUGGGGAAGCUUACAUCUGUGCCCUCAGCGAGUUUAUCAAACCAUCCUCCCUGGACAAGUUUCCAGCUGAGUACGGGGCCGAGGUGCUGGCCAAGUUCCCUUGCAGAGACAUCCCAGCAAACCUCACCAAGUUCAGGGACGAAGUGACACGAAGGUUGAGAUACGAGUCCCAGCUCUUCGGCUGGCUGCUCAUCGGCAUUGUUGCGGUCCUGGUUUUCCUCACCAAGUGCCUGAAGCACUGCUGCUCGCCGCUGAGCUACCGGCAGGAGGCCUACUGGGCCCAGUACCGCUCCAACGAGGACAAGCUCUUCCGACGCACGGCCGAGGUCCACUCCAGGAUCCUGGCAGCCAAGAAUGUGAAACAGUUCUUUGGCUUUGUGGCACUGGACAAGGAGGAGAAGGAGCUGGUGCAGGAGUUCCCAGUGGAGGGCGUCCAGCCGAGCCCCCAGUGGAAUGCCAUCACAGGUGUCUACAUCUACCGAGAGAACAAGGGCUUCCCCCUCUACAGCCGCCUCCACAAAUGGGCCAAAGGGGUGGAAGGGAACGGGCCAACCCCAGAAGGCCACGAACUGCUGUUUUUAGCUUCCUAA